UCCCUCCCGCGUAGAUAUCAUUGCUUCCUUCGUCCCCUUACCCUAUCCUUUGCGUUAUAUUAACUCCUCCUCUCCCUCGACCCACCUGUGUCUCUGUGACUCCCCAAACGGUCACUUUUCGUUCUCACUGCCCCCUUUGACGUUUCUACGCCAUACCCGGUUGUGAGAAGAGGAGAUCCCAAGUAGCUGGUUAGCAGAAGUUUGGUGGAGUGAAGGAUGGAUUUGAGCUCGUUCGUGACGUCGCUGGUGACGUCGUUCCUGCUAUUCGUGGUGUUGAUGCUGCUCUUCGCCUGGCUCUCCAGGAAGCCCGGCAACAUGUUCGUCUACUACCCCAACCGCAUCCUCAAGGGCCUCGAUCCCAUCGACACCGGUUAUGCCGCCCGCAACCCCUUCGCCUGGGCUCGCGAGGCCCUCUCCUCCACCGAACAGGACGUCAUCGCCAUGUCCGGCAUCGACACCGCCGUCUACUUCGUCUUCCUCAGCACCGUCUUGGGAAUAUUAGUGUUGUCUGGGCUUCUGCUGCUGCCAGUCCUCCUUCCUGUUGCUGCCACUGACAACAGUGCAAAGCCAUCCAACUCGACCACAAGCAAUGGCACAUUCAAUGACGUAGACAAGUUGUCAAUGGGAAACAUUGGGGACAACAAUAGGCUGUGGGCUUUCCUCAUUGCGACAUACUGGGUUUCCUUCGUCACAUAUUACUUGCUAUGGAAGGCAUACAAGCAUGUAUCUGAGCUGAGAGCUAACGCGUUGGAGUCUCCUGAAGUGAAACCCGAGCAGUUCGCUGUUCUUGUUAGGGACAUUCCUGAUCUCCCUGAAGGUCAAACUAGGAAGGAGCAGAUUGAUUCGUACUUCAAAUCUAUCUAUCCAGAAACUUUCUAUCGGUCGAUGGUUGUCACAAACAACAAACAGGUGAACAAAAUCUAUGAAGAAUUAGAAGGGUACAAGAAAAAGCUCAUACGGGCAGAGGCAAUCUACGCAGACUCCAAGACCACAGGCAAGCCUGAAGGGACGCGGCCCACGAACAAGACUGGUUUCUUGGGCCUCUGUGGGGAGAAAGUUGAUAGCAUCGAGUACUACAGUGAGAAGAUUAAGGAGCUCCUCCCAAAGUUAGAAGCUGAGCAGAAGGCAACCCUGAGGGAGAAACAACAGGGAGCAGCCCUUGUAUUCUUCACAAGCCGAGUCACUGCCGCCUCAGCAGCCCAGAGUCUCCACGCUCAAAUUGUUGAUGCAUGGACAGUGAUGGAUGCUCCUGAGCCCCGGCAGCUGAUAUGGACUAACCUCAAUAUAAAGUUCUUCAGCCGCCAAGUAAGGCAAAACGUUGUGUAUGUGAUUGUGGUCCUCACGAUAUUCUUCUACAUGAUCCCGAUUGGGUUCAUCUCUGCGUUCACAACUUUGGCAAACUUAAGGAAGCUGCUGCCUUUCCUAAAAGUGAUAGUGGACCAAGCUGCGAUCAAGACAGUCCUCGAGGCCUACCUCCCCCAGAUCGCGCUCAUUGUCUUCCUUGCCCUGCUGCCCAAGUUCCUACUGUUCCUCUCAAAGACCGAGGGCAUCCCCUCUCAGAGCCACAUAGAGAGGGCUGCCUCCGGGAAGUUUUUCUACUUCUCUGUGUUGAAUGUGUUCAUUGGUGUCACGGUUGGUGGGACCCUUUUCUCUACAUUCAAGCAGAUCGAGAAGGACCCAAACUCCGUCGUCACAUUGCUGGCACAAAGUCUUCCUGGAAAUGCAACAUUUUUCCUCACUUUUGUGGCUCUUAAGUUCUUUGUUGGAUACGGACUUGAGUUAUCCCGGAUUGUUCCUCUCAUCAUCUUCCACUUGAAGAAGAAGUAUCUAUGUAAGACCGAGGAUGAAAUUAAAGAGGCUUGGUUUCCUGGUGACCUUCAUUAUGCGACUCGGGUCCCGGGUGACAUGCUGAUUGUCACGAUUGUGCUCUGCUAUUCUGUCAUUGCCCCUCUCAUUAUCCCGUUUGGAGUGGUAUACUUUGGGCUGGGAUGGCUCAUCCAUCGUAAUCAGGCAAUCAAGGUCUAUGUCCCAUCCUAUGAGAGCUACGGGAGGAUGUGGCCACACAUGCACGCUCGUAUCCUGGCCUCCCUGGUAUUAUACCAGCUCACCAUGUUUGGUUACUUUGGAGCCAAGAAAUUCCCCUACACGGUCAUUCUGAUCCCCGGGAUCAUCUUCUCCCUGAUCUUCGCGUAUGUUUGCAAACAAAAGUUCUAUCGGUUCUUCCAUGACACAGCCCUCGAGGUUGCAACCCAAGAGGCGAAGGAGACCCCGAACAUGGAACAGAUCUUCCGGGCGUACAUUCCCCCGAGCCUAAGCAAUGAGAAGAUCGAUGAUGACCAGUACGAGGACGCCCUAUCCCAGGUCCCGAGAAGCACGUCGUUCGUCUAAUUUAAAUGUGUGAGGGUGUAGAUUAAAGUGGCCUUUUCACUUGCAUUGUUUGUGCGUGAAUCUGCUUAGGGAUUUUAGCAUUAAUUGUCGAUAAUGUCUUUAGUAAUAGAAAAGUUUUUUUGUUUUCGUGUUCUUUCUUUUUCCACGAGUAGUUAGGUGUAAUUAGUCUUACUAUUUGGAACUGGUUGGACGAAGUUUAGUUUACUGUUGUGCAGUUUCAGUCGUAUUGUUUUAAUAACCUGAAGACGGCUGUUUUGGCGUCGAUGCA